AUGAAUAAUUUUGAAAAGGUUGAUGCUUUUGGACAAUUGCCUUAAGCCAGAUUUGGACAUACAAUUACAUACAUUGCUAAGGGGAAAGCAAUAUUAUUUGGGGGGGCGACUGGUGACACAGGGAAAUAUAGUAUUACAGGAGAUACGUUCUCAUUCGAUAUGUAGAGCAAAUAGUGGAAGAGAGUGGAAGUUUAGGGUACAGCCCCAUCUCCAAGAGCAGCACAUUCAGCAGUGUGUGUUGAUAUCAAUUAAAUAGUAAUUUAUGGAGGAGCCACAGGAGGUGGUAGUUUGGCAUCAGACGAUCUGUAUUUGUUGGAUCUGAGAUCAAACGAUGACUUAGGUUAAUGGACAGUCGUACCAGUUGUAGGAACUACGCCAGGGAGAAGGUAUGGACAUACUCUAACCUUUACAAAACCAUUUCUGAUAGUGUUUGGAGGUAAUACAGGAUAGGAGCCAGUCAAUGAUUGCUGGUGUGUAAAUGUGGAGAAGAGUCCAAUAACUUGGGUGAGAUUGGAAUGCAAAUCAGAAUAGCCAUUGGCACGAGUAUAUCAUUCUGCCAGCAUCUGCACAAAUGGUAGUGCUAAUGGAAUGGUAGUGGCAUUUGGUGGACGUUCAAAUGAUCAGUAAGCAUUGAAUGAUGCUUGGGGAUUGAGAAGACAUAGAGAUGGAAGAUGGGAUUGGGUCAAGGCACCUUAUAAAAUUGAUAAGGAAUAACCAGUGGGUAGAUAUCAACACACUACAUUGUUUGUUUACAGCAUGUUAGUUGUUAUAGGUGGUAGAACUGGAAAUGUAGGAGAGACCUUGACAAUUGAUGUUUAUGAUACAGAAACAUCAGAGUGGUCUAAGUUCAAUAGUAUACAGAGAUUUCGACAUUCCUCAUGGUUGGUAGACACUAAUAUUUUUGUAUAUGGAGGGUUUGAAUUAGAUUCACCUAACAUUCCCACUGAUAUUAUUUCGAAGAUCAAUUUAAACAGAUUACUCUUGCCAAGCGAAAUAUUAACUAACAAAUUGGCUUAAUAUUAACAUGCUCAAAGAAAUGUUUCACCCUAAUCAUUAUCACCUUAAAUGACUCCCAUUUCCCCAGACACACAAUAAGCUUCUCCUUUGAAUAACUCUUUGAUCCAAAAGAAACCAGGUCAGACUAUUUAGAAUACUCAAAAACAAUAGAAACCAUUCGCUCAAAAUCAAGCUGAUAAAUCUUAAUUCAAAUUUAUCAAUCAAGCUGUCGUCGCUGAAGAAGCUCGGGAUUCCAAAGCCCCUAAUAGAAAACCAAGAGUGCCUUAAUCAGCUCAAGAGAAUAAUAUUGCUCAUUUAUUCAUAAGUACUUUAUUGUAGCCAAAGACCUUUAUCAACAUUUCUGAAAAUGCUAAGUUUUUAUUUUAGGCUCAACAUAUACUAAUGUUGUGUGACUAAGCAGAAGCUGUUUUAAAAGAAUAACCUAUGGUUUUAAGAUGCAAGGCUCCAAUUAAGAUUUUUGGAGACAUCCAUGGAUAGUAUUCAGAUCUGAUGAGAUUCUUUGAUUUGUGGGGAUCUCCAUUUGUUGAUGGCAAGGAUAGUGAUAUCGAAGCAUUUGAUUACCUAUUUCUCGGAGACUUCGUGGAUAGAGGUAAUCACUCUUUAGAGACAAUCUGUUUGUUGUUGGCUCUAAAAGUAAGAUUCCCUGAAUCUAUUCAUUUGAUUAGAGGAAAUCAUGAAGACAAGUGGAUUAAUAAUGGAUUUGGAUUUUCAGAGGAAUGUGCUUAGAGAUUAGGUGAAGAUCCUAAUGAUGAGGAUUCAGUGUUUGCAAGAGUGAAUAGAUUAUUUGAAUGGUUACCAUUGGCUGCAAUAGUAGAGGACAAGAUCAUUUGUUUGCAUGGAGGAAUAGGGAGUCAAUUAAAUUAUGUGGCAGAAAUAGAGAAUCUUUAGAGACCUUUGGAAGUGAUCCAUGAAGUCACAACUCCUGAAUAGUAAUUGGUGGUCGAUAUCCUAUGGUCAGAUCCAACUGAUACAGAUUAAGACUUUGGAAUCUAACCAAAUAUCAUCAGGGAUCCUGCAGGUACUGGAAAUAUAGUAAAAUUUGGACCAGAUAGAGUUAUCAACUUCCUCAUUAAAAAUAAUCUUUCUCUUAUUAUUCGUGCUCAUGAAUGUGUUAUGGAUGGCUUUGAGAGAUUUGCUGGAGGUCAAUUACUCACAGUUUUUAGUGCAACUGAUUAUUGCGGUAGACACAAGAAUGCAGGUGCAGUACUUAUACUCAAGAGAAACCUAGAGAUAGUACCAAAAUUAAUAUAUCCUCAAAAUCUCAAUGCUCAUAAUUGGAUUGAGGAUGAAGAAGCACUCAAAAAGAGACCACCUACACCACCUCGUUGGAAGAAUUAGGGGCAACGUAGAAGUUAUGAUUGAUAUUUAUGUUAUCGUUUAAUUCAUAAAUUUUGUUUUAAA